UUGGUUUCGCAAUAAAUCGAGUUUGUUUUGAAAACAUUAUUAUCUUCGACAAGUUCACCGUUGGCCGUUUCGACGAAGGUCUUAUCGACCCGGACGCGGACUCAAACGAUGCAGGCCUGACUAGUGGCGGUGAUCUUCCCGGCUGUCCUGAAGGCUUCAUGCAGCUCAGCGAACUGGGUCGCCCGUUUACCGGUGGCUCCUGGUGCGGCAAGGCGUCCGGCCAUCAGCUCUACUUUAGCGAAACGGCAACGGUGACAGCAUCUGUCAAGGUAUUCCAGGCACCGGGAAUUCUGGCCGUGACGCCGUUCGAGUUUCGCAUCCGGUACAAAUUCAUAAGUCAAUCAGACGCCAUUGUCAGAUACGGAGCCCCGAAUGAGCUGCUGGAGCUGGGGAAGGUCACCCCUGGGACGUAUUGUACAAGGCAGUACGACGAAUGCUAUCGGAAGCGUUGUCGGCUGCAAAGUCCGAACUAUCCGGGAAUGUAUCCGCGGAACGUGACCUGCUACUGGACGAUUAAGCAGAAAGUGGUACCAACGUGUAAGCAUGCGAUGGUGGCCAUCAGUCAAGAGAAUGAACACAAAGCGCUAGUUAAAAGGUCCAUUGCCAGUCUCAACAAGACCUCCCGAGCGGUUCGGGCGUGGUCCGACUGCACCGGCGAACGGGAUCACCUCAUAUUCUACGACGGAAGCACAACCAACGACCCGGUUCUGGCCAAGUACUGCGGAGGUGAUUGGCUACCGAAGGUCGUGUCCAGGGGUCCCGAGAUGUUGAUUGCGUUCCAUUCUAGUCCGUUUUCGGCACCACUACAGUCCGGCCAGUCCAAUCGGGGGUUCGAGCUGGACGUGGACAUCCUCUUUGCCGACUCAGACUCGUACGACUUUGCCCAGGGUAAUCGGUGCGAGUUCCACAUCAAUGCGUCCAGCCCAGACGAGGUUUUGUUCUCACGACGCGGCCGAAUGGGCCACCUCUUGAGCCCACGCCACACACUGCCACCCAAUACGACGUGCACCUAUUUCUUCCACGGCAUCCCUUCGGAUCUGGUGUGGAUUUCCUUCACGAGCUAUCAUCUCCAGGUAUUGCAGCCGAGCGUGAGCAGCGAUAACGUAACUAUCGGCAAGAGUGAGUCGCCUCUACCGUGGAUAACUCGGCUUCGCAUCUGGGACAGCGCCGGAACAUACGUCCCCAUCAAAACCACCUCCCCGUCAUCCAUUACAACGUCGUCGUCGACUGCUGCUCAAACGGCAGAAUCUUCCUCGCUAGCGUACGGUAGCAGUGGUGGUACCACUCCAGUAUUCGCCGGAACCAGUACCACUGCUCUCUAUCAACAGGCGAUGAACCGUUCCGUGGGAACUUACUACGGAACGUUGAAUCAGCACGGCAAAAGCCUCACCAUCAACAUCGACAACGUUUGGAAUCCCGUCGAUCAGUACAUCUACGGACCCACGGUAAAUAGCAUUUUCAACCAACCCCAAGUUCCUUCACAUCCGUCACAGCAGCAUCACUCGGGCGCAAGUGCUGCCGGCUUCGGGAUGUCCAACGAGAAGGGACUGGUGUACGGCGGUGCACAACACGAUAAACCAUCCAAGGGAAAGGGAGCCAAGGAUGCGUCACGGCACGGAAAAGACAACGAGGUGUUUAAGGAACAUGGAGGAUCCGGGCGCAAGUCAUCGCGCAGCAACCGCCGGAUGGUGGCCGAGUUUUACGACAAUCAAUCGCCGAAGUUGUGCGAUCACGUUUCACUGGAAACCAAGGGAAGCCGGAUGCGCCCCUGUACGCCGCUGGAGAGUUACGUCAGCACGGGUAGUGACUUGAAAAUCGAGUUCCAUACGAUGACGGGGACUUCGCUGUUUCCGUCUAGCUUCGGAAUCAACUACGAGUUCAUCGACACGGAUCUGGGUGGUGAACCGUAUUUGGGUCACAAAGGUGAAGAAGUUCCUUUGCUGUGUUCGAGAGUGUUUCGCAAGAGAAAAGGAGAGUUUCAAUCGCCACGGAAUGCUUUUCUUCAUGGUCGGGGUGGAGCGAAGAACAUCUCCUGUUUGUACCGAUUCGAAGCUUCCGUAGGAGAAAGGGUUCGCAUCGAGUUGUACAAUGUAUCAUUCGGUGAGUCCGAAUCCUGCAUAACUGAAUCCGACGGCCACACGGGAAGAGCCCGUUGCGCUCCUUCGGAAACCAAUCUGGAUGGUCGAGUAGGCGAGCUACGGAUUUUCGACGUUCCGUACAAGGACGUCAAGAUACCGCUCGGGUGUUUCUGUGACAACACCAGCAGCUCCUACAACUCCCCGCUGACGUUUAUCUCCAACUCUCGCACACUGGAAUUGACUUUUGUGGUGACAAAGUUGAACAUAUCCGAAGACUUCGCCGAUAUCUAUUUCCACGCUUCUUAUGAUUUUAUACGAGUUCCCGAGUGUCGGAAGCGGUUGUUCCUGCGGGGAUCAGGCGGGGAAGAUGAAGUCAGUUAUCCGCUGCGAACGCACGAGGCAAGUUGCGACGGGCUUCCUUGGUAUAUUGAGGCCCAGCAGCAGGAUCGGAGUCUGUUUGUGCGAACGUGGGGAAGUUUAUUGGCGAUUGAACCAGUCCAGGACGAGUUUUCAAAGUGCAACACGCGCAACAGGCUUAUGGUGUACAGUGAACCACUGAAACUCGUGCAGGUUAUCUGUCCAUCUGCUCCGUCCAGUAGAGCAAGUCAGUUGCACAUCUUUUCCGAAGACUGGUUAAGCAGUCAACCAUUCCUCAGUUCAGAUAGCAGGCCUGUCAACUUGGUUCUGGAGCCGAUUCACAAGGAAAGUGGCAGCAUUGCAUUUUCCUGGAUGGAGAUUCAGCAUACGAAGGCAUCGCUGAUACAGCAGUUGGAGCAACAGACCAACACAACAGGCAACGAUACCCUGCUGGAGUUUGGCCUUUUCCCGCGGGAGUCCGAGUGCGAACACCAGUGCCCGGAAAUCAACGCCUGCAUCAGCAGUGAUUUGUGGUGCAAUGGUCAGCCAAACUGUCCAUCAGGAUUCGACGAAAGCGGACAGGGAUGUGGCAGCCGACUGAUGGAGCUUCCGGGAGGCAUCUUUGCCGCCUUCGGUUGCCUCGCCGCAGCCCUGUGCGCCUGUUUCAUUUUCUGCGUCCUUGCCAUGGUCAAGAAGCGCCGGAAAUCCAACGAGAAGUUGAAGACGGCACCCAGCUCCCUGAAUGGAACCCUCUCCAAGAAGGACUACAAGAAGGAACCGCUGUUCUUCGAUCCGGACUCCUGACACGCACUUCACCCGGUCGAAUACAUCCACGUGGACCGGGAAACGACCGUGUGACAUGUUGUCUACGUCGACAUGGACGACCUGGCGUACUGUUGAACGCCCUUCACACCCCCCCUCCCUCGCCGACGCCGCACCGUCACAGGUGGGUCCUAAUGCGAAAGUGAUUUCUAUAGGCUAAACCAAUAUGAGACAAACUGAUUGAUGACAGAGAUGAAGUGGAUGAGUUGUAUAGAAAAGGAGACGCGUGAAACUGUCUCGCACACCGUGCAGAUUGAGAAACUAUUAUGAAACCAAGUAUUACCAUAGGGAGAUCUUUUUAAGCGUUUGUGAGAUUUUUAUUCUACAAAAAUCUUGUGAUUCAAUCUCUUAGUUUUCUAUUACAUGACUAUUUUUAAGUAGACUUCAAAGGGUAAUUCAGGGCUGUCUGUUCGCACCGCGACGAGCGUAAGGCAGCGAAAGAAUGGAAGCUGAAAUGGGAAAGCAACUAGCCAAAUAUUUUUUUAAAACUACUGUGCAAACAUGUUACUGUUCGAAAGGAACAAUACUCUAAAUGAAAAAAAUAUUAGCAGCAAUGAUGAUAAAUGAACGGAAAAGAAACAUAAACUCGUCUAUCGGUAGAUAACUCACAAGAAGAAUACACAAAUCGAAUAAAUAUACAAACAAACACAGUCACUCACAAGUAAAUACACAGACACUGAUUAGAUAAGCUGUGUAAAGUGCACUCGUUCUGGACUUUUAGUUAAAAGAAAUCGGUUCCAAUGUUACCUGUAGUUGCAGCGGAAGAAUGAUGGUGAUGAUUUGGCGUGGCUGCAUUGUGGUGAAUUUAAUCGAAUUAAAUUGAAAUUGAGUGAAAGAUUAUGAUUUUGAUAUCCAAUGUUUUGUAUUUUACCAAGGAUCGUGCGACCGAACAUGAUC